GGGCAGAGUGCAGACAGCCAGCUACACAGGCAGACUAACGGCUAGAGGAACAACGAAAGCUUUUGAGUACACACGCAUUAUGGAAUAUCAGCAUUGCCUGACAGAAGAAUAGGGAAUAGUCACUGGCAGCAGAAGUGCGAGUGUUCAGGACAACAUUCUGGGGAACCGCACGAGCCUCUUUUGAGCUCCAGUAUGCUGUCCUUCUGCACUUGGACAGGUUGAAUAUCACCAAACACCUUCAGGUUGAAGCUCCUGCUGGAAUCUGAGGUGGCGAUGGGGAACACAGCCACCAAGUUCCGCAAGGCUCUGAUCAAUGGUGACGAGGGUCUGGCCUAUCAGCUGUAUGAGGGUAGCCCCCAGUUUAAAGAGAGUCUGGACCCCAACACCUCGUAUGGCGAACCCUACCAGCAUAACACUCCUCUCCACUACGCCACCAGGCACGCCAUGACACGAAUCAUCAGGUCGUUUCUCUUCAGUAAGGACGGCAACCCCAACAAGCGUAACGCUCACAAUGAGACGUCCCUCCAUCUCCUCUGUAUGGGCCCCCAGAUCCUAAUGGGGGAGGGGGCUCUGCAGCCGCGGCUGGCCCGGCCCGAGCUGGACGAGAUGAAGAGGGCCGAGUGUCUCCAGAUCAUCCUGAAAUGGACCGGAGCCAAGCUGGACCAGGGAGAGUAUGAGAACGCUGAUGUCAACGCUACUGAUAACAAGAAGAAUACAUCGCUGCACUACGCAGCCGCCUCAGGGAUGAAGAAGUGUGUAGAGAUUCUAGUGAAGAGGGAAGCGGACCUGUUUGCAGAAAAUGAGGACCGUGAGACGCCGUGUGACUGUGCAGAGAAGCAGCACCACCAGGAGCUGGCCCUCAGCCUGGAGUCUCAGAUGGUCUUCAGCCUGGCCCCAGAGGGCAUAGAGGCAGAGUACGCUGCUCUGGAUCACAGAGAGCUAUACGAGGGCCUGAGGCCUCAGGAGCUGCGUCGUCUGAAGGACAUGCUGAUAGUGGAGACAGCAGACAUGCUGCAGGCCCCUCUCUUUACUGCUGAGGCUCUGCUCAGAGCACAUGACUGGGACAGAGAGAAGCUGUUGGAGGCCUGGAUGUCUAAUUCUGAGGAGUGCUGCCAACGGUCUGGGGUCCACAUGCCCAGUGCUCCCCCUAGUGGGUACAACGCCUGGGACACCCUGCCCUCCCCUCGUACCCCCAGGACCACCCGCUCUUCCAUCACCUCCCCCGACGAGAUCAGCCUCACCCCCGGGGACGAUGAUAGAACACUGUGUGGGAUCUGCAUGUGCCCCGUGUCUAUCUUCGAGGAACCAGUUGACAUGUCAUGUGGUCACGAGUUCUGCCGAGCCUGCUGGGAAGGGUUUCUGAAUCUGAAGAUCCAGGAAGGGGAGGCUCACAACAUCUUCUGCCCGGCGUACGACUGCUUCCAGCUGGUUCCUGUGGAGGUCAUAGAGAGUGUCGUCUCCAGAGAGAUGGACAAGCGCUACCUGCAGUUCGACAUCAAGGCGUUUGUGGAGAACAACCCAGCUAUCCGCUGGUGUCCCAAGGCGGGGUGUGAGCGGGCGGUGCGUCUCUCAUCCCAGGGUCCAGGUAGCAGCUCCUCUGACCCCUUCAGUCAACCCCUCCUCAGAGCUCCUGCUGUGGACUGUGGCAAGGGACAUCUCUUCUGCUGGGAGUGCCAGGGAGAAGCCCAUGAACCAUGUGACUGCCAGACAUGGAAGAUGUGGCUGGCUAAAGUUACUGAGAUGAGACCCCAAGAAUUGGCUGGUGUGAGUGAAGCCUAUGAAGAUGCAGCCAACUGCUUGUGGUUACUCACAAACGCCAAACCCUGCGCCAACUGCAAGUCCCCUAUUCAGAAGAACGAAGGCUGCAACCACAUGCAGUGUGCUAAGUGUAAGUAUGACUUCUGCUGGAUCUGUCUGGAGGAAUGGAAGAAACACAGCUCGUCUACGGGAGGCUACUACCGCUGUACCCGCUAUGAGGUCAUCAACCAGGUGGAGGAGCAGAAGAAAGACAUGACUGUGGAGGCUGAGAAGAAACACAACAGCUUCCAGGAACUGGACCGCUUUAUGCACUACUACACCCGCUUCAAGAACCAUGAACACAGCUACCAGCUGGAGCAGCGUCUACUGAAGACAGCCAAAGACAAGAUGGAACAGCUGAGCAGGGCCUUGAGUGGAAGAGAAGGAGGCCCACCUGACACUACGUUCAUUGAAGAUGCGGUUCUGGAGCUUCUGAAAACGCGCCGCAUACUCAAGUGCUCUUACCCCUACGGCUUCUUCCUGGAGACCAAAUCCACCAAGAAAGAGAUUUUUGAACUUAUGCAGACUGACUUGGAGAUGGUGACCGAGGACCUAGCUCAGAAAGUAAACCGGCCUUACCUCCGAACUCCGCGCCAUAAGAUCAUCCGAGCUGCCUGUUUGGUGCAGCAGAAGAGACAGGAGUUCCUGGCCUCCGUCGCCCGCGGGGUGGCCCCCAGCGACUCCCCAGAGGCCCCUAGACGCAGUUUUGGAGGUGGAACGUGGGACUGGGAGUAUUUGGGCUUUGCAUCUCCUGAGGAGUAUGCAGAGUUCCAGUACCGGCGGAGACACAGAGAUCGUCAGCAGAGGAGACAGAGAGGGGACAUUCCCGAUCUUGACGAACCUAGCGACAGCACUUUAAACACACAGGAAAUUGGAGGUGGUCGAAGACACGGUCCCCCCAUGGGCUUGGGCUCAUUGGAUGAGGACGAUCCCAACAUCCUGUUGGCUAUCCAGCUGUCACUCCAAGAGUCUGGGUUGGCGAUGGGCGGGGACACUCCAGACUUCUUGUCCAAUGAGGCGUCCCUGGGGGCCAUCGGCACCUCCCUCCCCUCCAGACUGGACGCGGGGCCCCAGGGGGUGGAGGUGGGGCCCCGGGGAGCCAUCAGCAGCUCAGAGCUCCUGGAGCUGGGGGAUAGUCUCAUGAGACUAGGCAACAUGAGGACCAUCAGCAGCCAGCACCAGUAUGAAGGGUCUCCAGGGGUCCAGGCCCCACACCAGCACUACAGCAACCACAAUCUCAACCCAUUCAGGGAGCCUUCUUCAGGUGGGGCUCUAUUCUCAUCAUCCAGUGAUACUACGGACUCCACUACCACCACCUCAACAGGGCUCCAGGACCCCUCACACCCCAACACUAACCUGCUGGGCAACAUCAUGGCCUGGUUCCAUGACAUGAACCCUCAGAGCAUCACCCUCAUCCCCUCCACCACCACCACCUCCUCAGACACAGACCUAGACUUCAACACAGCAGCACAGACCACAGCCAGCACUAACCUCCACCAGCCCCAUGCCAAGCCCCAGGGGGGUGAGGGCGAGGUGGGGGAAGAUGGGGACUGUUUCCCCUUCCUUUCCCAGGGCCUGGAGGAGAUGGAGGCUGAGAGGGAGAGGCCCACCCAGCUAGACCUGGUGGUGGGGUUGGAGGCCAUGGCCCCGCCCUGCAUGGUGACUUCCGGGACAGGGGACCGGGGCGGGGAGAGGCUCGGUGGGGGUAACGUCGUUCACGUUGACACACCCAUGUGUGACUCUGUGACCUCUGACCUUCUGCCGAGCACCAGCUCUUCAGAGUGGGAGGAGCAGAUACACCUGGUCUGAUUGGUGGAAAAAUCUAAGUGGGAGGAGGAGACACACCUGGUCUGAUUGUGAUUGGAUGAAAACUCUGAGUUGGAGGAGCCAACUCUCCUGGUCUGAUGGAAGACAGAAGCCUUCAGAGGGAUAAAACCACUGACAUGCAGAGCGAAAGAGGACCAAUCCUUACUGAGAGGGGACAUUACCAAGUAGCCAGUGAUGGUGUUGGGGGAAUUAAUCCUGACUUGAUUGUAGUGCAGUAGAAUAUAUAUUAUGAGGAAUGGAGUGUAUUUCACUUUCCAGUGUUUACAAGUAUACAUCAGACACUUGAUAGCUGAUCUAAAUUGGCAUGUGAUGCCCCCAGGGUAUUUACAUUUUUUUUGUCAUUUAGCAGACGCUCUUAUCCAGAGCGACUUACAGUUAGUGAGUGCAUACAUUUUUU